CUCAUCCACUACUCUCUCUCUCUACACAACAAGUAUCUUUCUUUCACUUGUUCACUAUGAAUAUGCACAAAGCCUACCUUGUUGUCAUGACCUUGGAGUUAGCAUGUAUUGGAAUCAAGUAUGGGGGUGGAGUCUCUGAAACCAAUCCCUUCCAACCAUCAACUCCAACUCCAACCGUGAUGCUUUUCCUCACUGCUAUGUUCUCCCACGUGCUUGCAUCCACCGCUGACAUCACCAACCAAACUAUCAUCAUAACAUUCCACGUGUCAGGGAUCAUUGGAUGUGAAGCACUCCUGCAGAUUCUCCUUGUUCACUUCUUGUGGUACUCUAUCAUCAACCUCAUUCUCUUACUGCUAGCCUCCUUAUGCUUCUUCAACUACAUCACUCACCUCCUCACAUGCUUCUUCAACUGCAUCACUCCUUCCAAUGCUGAUCCCAUGCCAAAUAUGGAACUCAAACAACCUCAAGCUCAGACUUCUGUAUGUACUUGGGGAUUGCUAGCAAUGCAAUGUAUUCUUUCACUAAGGUCAAGGAGGAAACUUUCCAUUUCUCCUAACAUCACUAUGCCUUUCACUAUCCAAUCUUCUUCCUUCCAGUUUUAGUGCUUGUUUGCUUCUCUGGCAUCUUUGAAUGUGUCAGUGUUAGGCCCCUAGUUAAUAAAGUCUAUGGUAGAAAGUCUAAGAGGUUUGAAUUAUUGAGGCCCAACUUUGUUGUAUUAGCUGAAUAAAGACUAUGGAAAGGUGGGGAAGGUUAGUUAUGAUGGGGAGGAGGGAAUAAAUUGAGUGGAACUAAUAGGAGACCGAUGAUUAAGAAAAGGGUGUAUGUAAGGCAUAGAGGUGGAACAUAAUUGCUUUUGGGUUUAUGUUAUUUGUCUUUGAGGAGAUAUAUUUAUCAAGAGGUGAGAGUUAAAUCUUUGUUGUUUUUAUCUGGUUAUUUCAAACACAUCUCUUUAAUGGUAAGAUAUUGUUCACUUUGAAUUUUAUCUUUUAUGGUUUUGCUUUUAGUCAUCAUCCAAAAAGUUCCCCAAGUCCCAACCAAUGAACUGAUAGGAGACCAAUGAUUAAGAAGAGGGUGUAUGUAAGGCAUAGACGGGGAACAUAAUUGCGUUAAGGUUUAUGUUAUGAUAUUUGUCUUUGAGGAGAUAUUGUUAAAGCAGUAAAACUUUUCCUUUGUUUUUUACUGCUAUAAUUAAUUAUGGUUGUUUGCAUUAGUGGGUAAAGUUUCGCUGUAAUUAUGUUUGCUUAGUUCAGUAGAUAAUAUCUUGUUAGGUUUCUGAUUUUAGGCAAAUCUACACACUUAAUGAUGGUGGGAACAUGUGUUUUACUGACAGCAUUUAUGGGCUCUAUGUAUGACUGUCAUUUUUCAUGUAUUUGCCUUAUUUAUGAAUGAAAAACAAGCAGAAUGGUAUGGUUGUUCAGCAAAUACGAAAUUGCUCUGUUCCCUAACCUUUCCUCUUCUCUGUUUUAUGAUUUGUAUGGUUUUUUAUGUUUUAUGCUUCCGCUGCCCAUUGCUUGUCUUAACAGUGGUAUCGAGAGCAUUGUUCUUAUAGGCUAUGGGUCUAAAAAAAUUUGAGAUGAGAGAUUAAACACUUGUGAGUGAGUGAUAAAAUGGCUUCGGGGAAUAAUGGUGUAUUUGUUGUUCCUCAAUUUUCCGGGGAAAACUAUCACAUAUGGAUUGUCAAAAUGAGAUCAUGUUUGAAGUCUUUUGGCUUAUGGGAGUAUGUAGAUCAAGAUAAGGAAGUUCCACCAUUGAGGGCUAAUCCUACCAUAGCUCAAAUGAAGCAACAUGAGGAGGAGACUUUGAAGAAGGAAAAAGUUGUCUCAUGUUUACAUUCAGCUUUGACAGAUGAUGUUUUUACAAGCAUUAUGCAUUUGGAAACAGCAAAACAAAUAUGGGACGAGUUGAACGAAAGGUAUGCCGGUGAUGAACGGGUGAGAUCCAUCAAACUAUUGACUCUUAAAAGAGAGUUUGAAAUGCUGAAAAUGAAAGAAAGUGAAUCAGUCAAGGAGUACACUUCAAAGCUGUCUCACUUGGUGAACCAAAUGAGAUUGUAUGGAGAGGUGGUCCAUGACCACAAGGUAGUCGAAAAAAUGUUGAUCAGUCUACCUGUAAAAUUUGAAGCCAAAGUUGCUGCCAUUGAAGAGUCAUGUGAUCUUAAGAAACUAACCAUUUCCGAAAUGGUCAGUAAAUUGCAAGCUCAUGAGCAAAGAUUCUCCAUGAGAAUGGAUGAUGUAACUGAAGGUGCAUUUCAAGCAAGACACAAGGAAAAGCAAGCUGGUCAGAAAAUCAAAAGAAGCAAAAUUAUAAAAUAGUUGGUGACCAAAAGGGGAAAACCAAGAUGGAUGGGAGUAGUGAAUCUGCAGAAAACAAUCAUUUUCCUUGUUGUUCUACAUGCAAAAGAACAAAUCACUUGUCGAAAGAUUGUUGGUAUAAGGGGAAGCCUCAAAUCCAAUGUAACAUUUGCAAGAAGUGGGGAAAUAGAGAAAGGUACUGCAGAUCUAGGCAGAACCAAUCUCAACCACAACAUGUACAUCAAGUUAACUUCACCGAUCAGCAAUUCCAAAAUGAAAAACACUUGUUUAUGGCUACUCAAACAAGUAGUUCAAGUUCAAAUAUGUAUGGUAUGUUGAUAGUGGGUGCACAAACCACAUGGCGAGGAACUCAAGUCUCUUUACUUCUUUGGAUAGGCCUGUCCAAACCAAAGUUAAGCUUGGAAAUGGAGAUAUCGUACAGGCUGAAGGAAGAGGUACAAUUUCUGUUCACAGUAGCAAAGGUCCUAAAUUUAUUCAUGAUGUUUUAUUUAUUCCUGAUUUGGAUCAGAAUUUGCUAAGUGUUGCUCAACUAAUGAAGAGAGGAUAUUCUCUUUCAUUUAAAAACAAUGGCUGUAUCAUAUUGGAUUCAAAUGAUUCUGAAGUUAUUAAGGUGGAAAUGUGUGAUAAUAGCUUUCCAAUCAGUUUGAAUCAAGUGAAUGAAUCAGCUCUUGUUUCCAAACAUGAUGAUUCUGUUUUAUGGCACAAAAGAUAUGGUCACUUUAAUAUGGGUGCUUUGAAAUUUUUGCAAACUCAUGAUAUGGUGAGAGACAUGCCUAUGAUGGGUAUUAUUGAUGAUUUAUGUGAUGCUUGUCAAUUGGGAAAAAUGCAUAGAAAGUCUUUUUCAUCAACAAAUGUCACACGAGCAAAGGAAAAAUUGGAGCUUAUUCACACUGAUUUGUGUGGUCCAAUGAGUGUUCCUUCUCUUAGCCAAAGCAAAUAUUUUCUUCUGUUUAUUGAUGAUUUGACAAGAAUGACAUGGGUGUAUUUUUUAUCAAGCAAAGCUCAAACUUUUGAUGUCUUUAAAAAGUUUAGAGCCAUGGUGGAGUCUCAAAGUGGCUGCAAAAUUAAAAUGUUGAGAUCCGACAAUGGGAAGGAGUAUACAUCUAAUGAGUUUAAUGCAUUUUGUGAAGAUAUGGGCAUUGUUCAUCAAUUGACAGUAAGUUAUACUCCUGAACAAAAUGGAGUUUCUGAGAGAAAAAAUAGAACAGUUAUGGAGAUGGCAAGAUGUUUAAUUGCUGAAAAGAAAUUGUCAAAAUGUUUUUGGGCUGAAGUUGUUUAUACAGCCGUGUAUCUUUUGAAUAGGCUGCCAACAAGAGUUGUUCAAGAGAAAACACCAAUUGAAGCUUGGAAUGGCGUGAAGCCCACUGCCAAACACCUGAAGAUUUUUGG